UCAUGCAAAUACUAUUUCUGAGAAACACAGACUGCCAGGAUAUCUGCGCCAGAUAGUUGAUCAAAUUGCCGAGCCUCAAAGCAACCCAGAGCACAUUCCCGUUGUACGCGCAGUUUUCGCGGAAAAGCCUCAAAUGAAGACCCAGGGAAAAUACGGAGUGACAGCCACGGCGGCUGCCCAAGUUCUUUGCGAGGAUGUGAGAAAUUUUAGCACACGACGCCGCAAUAUUCUCUACCUAAUGCACCGAUAUCUAGUGGAGAACGGAUACUAUGCGAGUGCCGAGUCCUUGAAAACCGAAGGACGUCUUUCCGACGAGUACGAACUGUGCGACAAUAUUGAUCUGGAUGCCAUGUACCUGGAGUAUGCCAGCUUUUACAACAUGAAAUUUGGUAAAUACCCGAAAAUCCUUAAAAGAAUGGGAGCCAAAAUCAAGGUGGACGUGGGUGGAAAGGCGCAGGAAAAGCCAGCGGCCAAGGAAUUGCCUAAGAAAGCUCCGCCAACGGACGCUUCUCUGGCCAAUUGGCACAUUGGUGUUGGAGCAGCCGCACAGGCUUUGAGCAACGAGCAGCCGUUGCAGAUAAAGAAAAUGGAAACGGCAACGGCAACGGAAUCGAAUGGCCAGGAGUCGAAUGCUUGUGAAAUCGAACAUGGUCAUUUGGGUGGUGAUGAUGUGCUGUUCUCCUCCAUGGACUGGCAAUCGCUGGCGGAAUUGGUCAAGACUUCUAUAUUGCAGGAGAAUAUAAAGAUCAAAUGGUCGGAUGUCUGUGGAAAUCAUCGAGCAAUUGAGUUGAUCAAGGAGGCUGUGCUAACGCCCAUAGAGUUCCCCCAACUAUUCGCACAUGGCCUGAAACCAUGGAGAUCCUUGCUCCUCCACGGACCACCGGGCAGUGGCAAAACCCUACUGGCCAAGGCUCUGUAUUCCGAGACACAGGGUCAGGUGACCUUCUUCAAUAUAACUGCCAGCAUAAUGGUCAGCAAGUGGCGGGGAGAAUCCGAGAAGAUCCUGCGAGUUCUCUUCCACAUGGCAGCAAAGAGGGCACCGUCGGUGAUUUUCUUCGAUGAAAUCGAGAGCUUGACCUCGAAAAGGGACAGGGCCACGGAUCACGAGAGUUCCAAGCGCUUUAAGAACGAACUCUUGCAGCUUUUGGACGGCAUGGAGCACGCAUUGAACGGCGUUUUCGUCUUGGCCAGCACCAACUUGCCGUGGGACAUUGAUGAGGCCUUCUUGCGGCGCUUCGAAAAGAAGAUGCUGGUCCAACUGCCCAAUGCGGCGGAGAGAAGUUGCCUGAUUACCCGACUUCUGGGCAGCAGCAUAUCCCUGAAUCAUCGACUGCUCGAGCAGCUGGUGGAGAUCUCCGAUCAGUUCACCGGUGACGAAAUACGACUGGCCUGCAAGGAGAUCAGCAUGCACCGCGUGCGUUGUGCCACCAAGAUUGGGGACCGAGCCACCGGCAUACACAAGGAGUCCCCGGCAGCCAUCGAAGCCAAUGUGGAGAAGGCCUUCCGGCAGGUGCGGCCUUUGGGCCAGAAGCUGUUGGCCAAGCACGAGCAGUGGCAGCAGGAAAAUGGCUCCUAGGCUGGACUAUCUUUCUAUUUACUCCUCGGGCUCAAUAUAUUUUCAAAAAGCAUAUAUUUAGUAUUCCUUUUUUUUAACUACAAUAAAACAUAUA